AUGCCGUUCGUGAUCGACUUCUCAGGCAAGACUAUCAUCGUCACAGGCGGCAACCGCGGCAUUGGCCAUGCCAUCUCGGAAGCUGCAGCGGAGGCAGGCGCCAACGUUGGUAUCAUCUACCGCUCUUCAAAGGACGCGCCCAAGAUUGCUGAGGAGAUCAGCAAGAAGUACAACGUCAAAGCAAAGGUCUGUCUGUAUGUCCUAUUGCGGGCACCUCGGCUGAGCAAUGUGCCUCUUUACGCUCCUUAUCGCCAUCCACGCGUCAUCACUGGCCGGGCCUACCAAUGCGACGUCGGCGACGCAGAUCUCGUCACGAAGACGUUCAAGGAAAUUCAGGAUGAUCUCGGCACCGUUGCGGGUGUCGUCGCAAAUGCUGGCAUCGCAGUCGUAAAGCCUGCUCUCGACAUUACGCGUGCAGAUUAUGACAAGCAGAUGGGCACCAACGUCUAUGGAACCUUUGCAGUCUGCCAGGCUGCAGCCCGCACGUUCGUCGACUCUCAGUACAAGGAAGGCUCUAUCGUCAUUAUCGCCAGCAUGAGUUCGCACAUCUGCAACAAAGGCAUUACCCAGACGUUCUACAACGUCUCUAAGGGUGCAGUCGUCAACAUGGCCAAGCAACUCGCCGCCGAGUGGUCUCAGUACGGCAUCAGAGUGAACUGUGUCUCGCCGGGCGUCACCAACACAGACCAGACGCACGAGCAGUCUCCCGAGCUGCGCAAGGAGAUCAUCGCAAAUACACCGCUCGGUCGUUAUGCCGAAUCUUCCGAGAUGGCCGGACAGACUAUCUUCCUCCUCUCAAACAAGAGCUCUUAUCAGACCGGCGCGGAGUACCUUGUUGACGGCGGUUUCCUCAUCCAUGCCACCGACAGUACUGAGCGAUUCGUGCCCAUUCAUCGACCCACAAAGAAAACAUCAUCAUCAUAG